AUUCUUCAAUGAGAGACAAUAGACAAUCGUUGGUUUUUAUUUUUGCUUCAAGUUGUGGAUAUUUGUGGAAACAACGUCUUGUUUUUAAACUUGGAUCGAUUGAUAUCUCUUUAUUCAAGUAUUUCACCCUUCGCAGAAUAAUAUAUUCAAGUAGAUUCUUUGGCGAUUCUGUCCAUCCACGAAAGUUCGCGUUGGCAUAUCAUCCAAGUCCUUUUACUUUGAUAUCUUCAAAGACCAUAAGAGAGCGACAAAUCGUGAUUGCGGCUUUUGCGGUAUGUCGUCCUGCUUUCAAGGCCAUCAUACCCAAGUUUUGCCGUUUAUGGUACGAAAAAACUGGAGAAAUUGUUCGAAUAGCAGAAUCAUAUGGAGGCUCUGGUGCACAAUCGAGAGCAGUUAUUGAUGGUCUUCCCGCGCAUGUAGUCAUGUUAGCUUUAGGUGCUGAUAUGGAUCGAAUUGGAGAAGCAGGGUAUUUGGAUAAAGAUUGGCCACUUCGUUAUCCAAACCAUUCUAUUGUUGCUCAGUCAGUAACUGUUAUAGUGGUUCGCGAAGGGAAUCCUAAAGGAAUUAGAGGAUUUGAUGACCUUAUUAGAAGUGACUUGGAAGUAGUAUUAACCAAUCCCAAAUCUGCUGGAGUUGCUAGAUGGAACUUUCUCUCUCUUUGGGGUCACAAAGUAUUUCGUGGUUCUAAUGAAACUGAGGCCAAAACCUAUGUUGAACAAGUAUUUUACAAUGCUCCAUUUUGGUGCAAAGAUGGAAGAGAUUCUAGUGCAAUGUUCUUUCUACAACGACAAGGAGACGCUUUAAUAACAUAUGAAAAUGAAGGUAUAUUGGCUUCCAUGUUUGGAGAAUCUGCGCCGUAUAUUGUUCCUGAUAUGAAUUGUUUGAUUGAGAAUCCUAUUGCAGUAGUUGCCAGAAAUGCCGAUUCGGAUGGUGUCCGAGAUAUUAGUGAUGCUUUUGUUUCUUAUUGUUUUGAAGAAGAAGCACAAUGGGAGUUUGUGGGUGUUGGAUUUAGACCUGUUCAUUCAAAUGUAAAGAGUCAAGUCAAUCAUGUCUUUCCUCGUUGUAAGAAAUUGUUUAGAGUUGAUGAAUUGGGUGGUUGGACUAGAGUGACUAGAAAGUUCUUUGCAGUAGGCGCAAUGUUUGAUGAAAUAGAAGAAAAAAUAGCAAGAAAAAGAAAAAGUCAGGCUUCACAGAAUAACAAGUGAUAAGUACUUUACAGUUUCUGCCUCAA